CGUGUGGUUCGUCAGGCAUCAUUUCUACUGUGGAUCUAGUAGUGGAUUAUUUCUCAUUUGUUGAAAUUGGUUCUUCCUUACCUGGAAGCAAAAAGAUAUUGGUGUCAAUGUUAUUGGUAAAGUCAGACUCAGCGUUGAAAUUCAUUCCGUCUGUAAGGCUGAUCAACAACCUUAGCCUUCGCAAAGGUAGCCGUACAGGAAACUCAGGCAACCCGCUGGAAUUUCAAGUGCUCACCCAGAUUCAGUACGUGCCCUGAACAGACGGAACCGCUAGAAGUCCACCGUUUCGAUCGGAAAACCUGAACCGCUAGCAAAUUGAGAACCACAACCAAACCACAACACCACAAAUUCGACAAUAUGGUGCAAGAGUCCAAGUUCCGAACCAUGGGCAACGGCAGCAACAACGGCUCAUCAUCAUCGAUGUACCGUCAGCCAGAGAAAUCAUCGGCCAAUUUCGGUAGUAGCAUUCAAAAGAUGAAAAUGACCAACAACAGUGGGUCCACAUUCGGCAGUGCGAAAAGCAAUGACCCAGGCAAAACGGCGACCAAUCCGGCCGUCUGGGGUCAGUUCAAAAGUCGCGACCAGUUCGUUAGUAUGCAUUUUUCGUAGACGCAGCCUGGUUCGUUUCGUGCAGCGCAACGAUUUGAACAGGUUGAUGAGGAAAAGCAUUCCUGAUAAGGGUUGAGAGUUAGUUUUUAAAUCAAAAAGAUAUUUAAAUAUUCAAAAUUGAUUUCGAAAGGCAA